UCGGCGUCUAGUCCGUGGUCCGGUGGGGGGGUCUCCCGCCUUUCUUCUGCCGAGCCCCCCGACCCCUCUCCGCUCCCAAAUGCAACGGCUUGUCCUGUGCUGCCCCCUCGUCUGCACCCUCGUCGCCUUGGGCAGCUGCCGGGGGGCUUCUGCGGGACCCCAGGCCGGAGUUCUCAAAGGUUUACGCUCCUCCAACCUCAGGAGAGAUGAGAGCAAUCACCUCACAGACUUGUAUCGAAAAGAAGAGACUAUCCACGUGACAGGAAAUGGCUGCGUCCAGAGCCCGCGAUUCCCAAACAGCUAUCCCAGAAACCUCUUGCUGACAUGGCGGCUGUCCUCCCAAGGGAACACCAGGAUACAGCUGGCAUUUGACAACCAGUUUGGAUUGGAGGAGCCUGAAAAUGAUAUCUGCAGGUAUGACUUUGUGGAGGUUGAAGAUAUAUCUGAAACCAGUACUAUAAUUCGAGGCCGUUGGUGCGGACACAAAGAAAUCCCUCCCAGGAUAACGUCAAAAACACACCGAAUAAAGAUAACCUUCAAAUCCGACGACUAUUUCGUGGCUAAACCCGGAUUCAAGAUUUACUAUUCUCCUGUGGAUAAUUUCCAGCCCGCAGCCUCAAAGACCAACUGGGAGUCUGUCACGAGUUCUAUCUCAGGCAUAGCCUAUCAUCCUCCCUCGGUGACGGAUCCCACUCUCACUGCCGAUGCUCUGGAUCAGACAGUUGCUGAAUUCGACACGGUGGAAGACCUCCUCAAACAUUUCAAUCCAGAAACGUGGCAAGAAGACCUUGAGAAUCUAUACCUGGAAACGCCCCGUUAUCGAGGCAGAUCUUACCAUGACAGGAAGUCGAAAGUUGACCUGGAUCGGUUGAACGACGAUGUGAAGCGUUACAGCUGCACUCCAAGGAACUACUCGGUCAAUUUACGGGAGGAGCUGAAGCUCAGCAACGUAGUUUUCUUCCCUCGCUGCCUCCUCGUCCAGCGCUGUGGCGGGAACUGUGGCUGUGGCUUCCCUAACUGGCGAUCCUGCACAUGCAGUUCGGGGAAAACGGUGAAGAAGUUCCACGAGGUUCUAAAGUUUGAGCCCGGCCAUUUCAAGAGGAGGGGCAGAACUAAGAACAACAUGGGCUUGGUUGACAUUCAGUUGGAACAUCAUGACCGUUGUGAUUGUAUCUGUAGCUCCAGGCCACCACGAUAAGGGAAAUAGGCAUGUGAUUUUGAAAGGGAAGAGACCUUGUUGGUUUUAAGGAGGGGAUAGUAAGAAAGCCUUCUCCAAUAGGCCACUGAACUUUGCUAUUCGCCUGCAAUGCAAAGAAUAAAACCGAUGGCUGAAUCUCAGCAAUAGCUUUGUUAGUGCCAUGGCAGCUAAAUAGGUGUUACCAUAGAUUUCUGUAUCCAAGAAUAUACAGUUAAGGUUAGAAAUAGUAUUUGCGGUAUCUAAGAUCCUUAUAAUGUAUAAAUAGGUAUCUGUAUCUAUCUAUAUGUAAAUAGCUAGAUGAAAUGGUUUAUCCAGUUUAAACACUCAUAUACUUUGGAUCUUAGAAUGGGAACGCUCCUUCCAUUCCCAUAGAGCCAUUAAAGCAAAAAGGGUAGUUUUGAAAUCAUGGGGAAGAGUCGGAUAUAAAGACUUACAUGCUUCCUCCUAUUUUGUGUUAAAAAAAAAAAACCUUAUCUGGAAUUUGUUUAAAUGUUGAGAGCACCUUAUAUGUCACAAGUACUGAAUAUUCUUGUAUGUGGCUCCAAGUUGAUUACAAUAGAAAAAUAUGAGAAAUAUGAUUGAAGUUUUAGAAUCCACCCAAAAUGAACAGUUAUUGCCUUUUCAUAAAGAGAUGCGCUAUACUCUUUUCACUGGGCACAAUAAUUACUAUGUUCUUUCUCCAGAGUCUUCACAAAUAGAUGUUGCCUUUGGUUAGACCUUUUAUAAUAGCUUUUGUUUUCCAUUUUACUGAGUCAUGGGUAAUUCACUUAGUGGCCCCAGCAGCUGAAAAAAACUUAACCUUCAUUCAUUUUGUCGAAGAGGCUAUGAAAAGGAAGCACCUUAAAAGCUAAACUAGAACGUAGUAAUUAUUUGUAUUAAAUAUUAUGCUAGGGCUUUGAUUUUUUUUUCUUUUCUUUUCAAAACCAAGUCCCUUUCCAAAAUAGCUUUGAGACUCUAAGUCAUUUUUCUAAGAGUGUACAGGGGAAAACGUAGGCAGUUGAAAGUCAGGAGAGUUGCGCCUUUGAUUGUUAAUGUAACAGAAGAUGGGAUGGAACAUUAAACGGCCAAAUAUCCUCUUAUAAGAGCAGGCUCAAACUCUCCCUGAGCUGCAUCGAUUCAUUUUUAUGUGUGUUGCGUUUGUGUUUCUGUCUAUUAGAUCUAUGGAAGUGGAUUUACAACAGUAUUUCAUACAUGAGCAGAAACUGGCGAGCUAGCACAAGAUAUUUAUAGCCCUAAAGCUUUUGUGUUUUACUAACAAAAACAAUUUUAGAGAUAUAAGAGCCUAAUCUCAUUCCCCUAACAUUCCAAAGUCGUGUUUCUGAAUCCAGUAAUGCUGGUUUUGGCUCCCUGUUUUUUUUUAACUUUAUCAACCCUAUCACCAAGCCCACAGAAAAAAUAUCGUGUUAACACCCAUUCAAGUCUGCACUACUCUUUCAAAGUUCCAACCAUUUGACUUUUUUUUUUUACUUUUUUUGACUGUUCUUUUCAUGAUCAUUUUUUCCCCCCCUCUCUGGCUCCCAACCAUUUGACUUUUUUUUAACUGUUCUUUUCACGAUCAUUUUUUUUCCCCCUCUCUGGCUCCCAAAUGCCUAUUUAAAGAGAGACUGAAACUGGGCAGCGGAAGCGAUCUAUCAUCCUCCAAAGCAGGUCUCUUUAAAGAGCAGUACUGAAACCAAGGAUUGCCAGUGUUAUUACUUUUUUCAGCAUUGUUCAAAGAAGGCUUCAUUUUUCAUCCUGCCUCCAGCCUAAUAACAAGGACAGCAAUUUCUUCUCUAAUUCCGGGUUAAAACUGUCUAAAAUGAAUUGGAGAAAACAAAAUAUGGACAGGUUGCCAUUGCAUUUCUGAUAGAGGACUGGUUUAGAUGGGCAGUCUGCUUUUCUACAACUAGUACCUUGGAAGGUACCCCAAAUUAAGAGCUUAAUUACACUGGGAGGUACCCACCUCCUAAUAUAUUCUAGCAUCCUGACCCCUCUCUGGGCCAGGGCUGUCAUUGCGAGAUGAGGGGAUGGGGCAUUAGUUUGCUGUUCAUCUCUCAUUCGGUUGGGGUUGCAUCAGUGGUCCUGGAUCACAUAAAACCCAGAGGACCCCAAUCAGGUGCCACUGAGGAGAUCCAACAGCUCACAGCAGCCUAACAUUAGAUGUGUUAGUUCCUGGUACAUAUAUGGGCUACUAGCCUAAUUCCCUGCCCCCCGAGCCCUAUGAAAAGAAGUAUGCCAUCAUGUACCAGAGGCCAGUGGGGUCAGUGGUCAAAACUGGGGAAUGACCUAGCAUAAAUACAACAUGAUUCAGGGCUGGAAAGAAGGAACGAACAAGCUCUAUCCAGGCUUCUAAUUCAGCCUUGCAGUUGGCCACGAGGUUUCCUGUAAUGUCACAUUUUCACUCACUCAGUGAUAUUUCUUGAGUGCCUACUGAAUGCAGGGCACUCUGCUAUGCGCUUUGGAGGUACCCUUUUACAGAACUGACAGACAUAAUCCCUGACCACAAGGAGUUUAUACUCUAACCACUUUUAUUUAUGAGUAGAAAAUGUAAGGUGGCAUUUUUCACUCCUCUUCUGAAUAUUUUAUUAGAUUUUCUCUUUGGCUUACCUCUUCCCCACUGAGCUUUCAAAAAGCAGUUAAUGAAUUUGAUGCAUUGUCAUUAAGGAAAUACAAUCCUACCAUGUAAAAUUCCAUUUCAAAAUGAACUUCAAUAAAUCUAUAUUUCAGAGCUU